CAUACACGGCCGAGAUGUUUGCGACGGCGGCUCGGUGGGCGGCGAAGAAGGGGAAGCCCAAGAUGGCGCCGAUCGAGCUCACGACGCCGCCGGAGCAGGCGCAGUCCAUCACUCGCACCAUCUUCGACGUCGUCAGGGAGCACGGCCCGCUCACCAUCUCCGACGUCUGGGAGCACGUCAAGGACGUAGGGCUGAGGGGUUUGGAAAGCAAGAGGCAGAUGAAGAUCAUGCUGCGGUGGAUGAGGGAGAAGCAGAAGCUCAGGCUCAUCUGCGACCAUGAAGGGCCUCACAAGCAGUUCCUGUACACGACGUGGUUCACCAACCCCAAGAACGCGCCGCCGCAGAGGCCCAAGAGGGAGCUGCCCAAGCCAUGAUGAGCGCAUUCACCAUUCUCCGGUUCCAGUGCCGCAACAAUGGUCCGCAAGAUUACAAAUGGAUGCUAGGGAAAUUAAGCUUGUUGUCGUUUUAUCAAUCUUUGAGUAGCUUGGCUUCUUCAGGUCCCCAUCAAGUCCGGGAAACAAUAGGUAGAUGCGCUCUUUAUGCAUUGCCUGUUUAACCUUGCUCAGCAAAUAUCUACCUCUAGGCUUUUUCACCGGCA